AUGAGCGGCGAUGUCAGCAGCGGUAUUCCCUGGGACGGCGUGCUCGCCUGCGCCAGCGGCCUCGCCUUUCAUUGGCUGAGCUCGCGAAGCGGAAAGGAAGCCACGUCACUCAAGGCAGUCCCAAGGGUGCCCAGGCUGAGAGAGCUCGGAAGAAUGUUGCAGGGCACUAAGGGGUAUUCCCCUCUGAUCGUUGCAGUCACGGGCAAAGUGGGCAGCGACCAGCCAAUCACGUGCGAGAACAGUAGCCUACGUGGCGUCAUCGUGGACCAGACUGCGGAGCAAUUCUUUCUAAAGCACAACGAUGCAGGGGCAUGGGUGCAGGAUUCAGCGUUUCUUGUCCGGAAUCUUAAGUCUGUGCCCUGGUACAUUGACGAUGGCACGGGCCGAGCCAACGUGGUGGGGGCACGUUCGGCAGCAGGUUUGGAGCUGACGGUGGGCACGGAGGUCUUCGAUGACAGUGGCAAGUCGGUGGUGCGCAGCACUGUGGACUACCUGCAGGUGGGUUGGGAGUGCGGGAGUGUGGGCGAUUGUGCUGGGAGUGCGGGAGCGUGGGCGAUUGUGCUGGGAGUGCAGGCGUGCAGUGGGCUGCAGCGAGCAAUGGUUGAUGGGGGCUGUAGGGCUGGUGGGGAAGUUGGCACAGCAGGCUUGGAGCUGACGGUGGGCAUGGAGGUGUUUGAUGACAGUGGCAAGUCGGUUGUGCGCAGCACUGUGGACUACCUGCAGGUGGGUGGGAAGCGGUUGGAUUGGGUUCUGAGAGCCUGA